AUGGAAUCGAUCAAGCCAUUCGUCUACCAGAGCUCACCAGGCAGGGUCAUAUUCGGGCCCGGCUCGAUCAAGGAGCUGGCCGCAGAGCUCCAGCGCCAGAACCUCACGCGCCCGCUCCUCCUAUCGACGCCGCAACAAGAGGGCCAGAUCCAAGCCCUCUCCCAACGGCUCGAUGGCCACAUCGCCGGCCUAUUCUCGGGCGCAACCAUGCACACGCCCACCGACGUGACGGCGAAGGCGCUCGCGUACACGACCGAGACCAAGGCCGAUUCUCUCGUCACGCUCGGCGGCGGGAGCACCAUCGGCCUCGGGAAGGCCCUGGCGAUCCGGACCGGGCUGCCUCACAUCUGUAUUCCGACGACGUACGCCGGGAGCGAGAUGACGCCUAUCUUGGGCGAGACGGCCGAUGGGCUCAAGACGACGCGUUCGGACCCUAAGAUCUUGCCGGGGACCGUGAUCUAUGAUGUGGACCUGACAAUGACGUUACCUGUUGGCAUGAGUAUGACCAGUGGCGUGAAUGCAAUAGCUCAUUCAAUCGAAGCCCUCUAUUCCGCAAGCGGCAACCCCAUCAUCACCCAGCUCGCCCUAGAAAGCAUCCGCAGCCUCGCCCGCUCCCUGCCCGAGGUCGCCGCCCACCCAGACAGCACCGCAGCCCGCACCGCCGUACAGUACGGCGCCUGGCUCGCAGGCAUCUGCCUAGGCUCGGUGGGGAUGGGGAUGCACCACAAGCUAUGCCACACCCUCGGCGGCACCUUCGGCAUGCCGCACGCCGAGACGCACACCGUCGUCCUCCCGCACGCCCUGGCCUACAACGCGCCCGCCAUCCCGGCCGUCAUGCAGCAGCUGGCCGCCGUCCUCCCCGACAGCGACGGCGAUGCCCUCCGCGGCCUCAACCGCCUCCUGGACCGGCUCGGCGUCCAGAGGUCUCUGAGCGCGUUCGGCUUCGCCGAGGGGGAUAUCGAGAGGGCGGCGGAGAUUGCGUGCGCGAAUGUCUAUCCUAACCCUAGACCGGUUGAGAAGGAGCCUGUGCGCGAGGUUAUCAGGAGGGUGUGGGCUGGGGAGCCCGCGCGGGCGGAUCUUUGA